CGGCUGGUGAAUCGCGCUGGUUGCAUUUACCGUGAGAUCUUACAAGACUUGGAAAAAAAGUCCCCAAACACCCUGUCGGGACAUUAGAGGAACUGUACGGGAUUGUUCCACCCUCCGCCAAAAGGACAAGCGCUGCAGAGAAAGUGAAGCAGCCGCGAUGUUCUCGAAGAAGAGCGGCAAGAAGAGCGUGACAAUCACGUCCAAAAAGGUGCCCAACACUGAGUUGUCUGCACUAAUUGAGAGACUGCAGAGAAAUGCUGACAAAGUGGAGAAGAACAUCUAUGAUGUUGACCAGAACCUGAAAAAGGAUGUCAACAAGAUCAACGAGGGCAAGACGUUUCUGUAUCAGGAUGAGACCAACAAGAAGAUCCAGAACUCCCUGGACCUGCUGGACUCGCUGGACGAUGACGCCUCCAACGCCGGGCGUCUCCAGCAUCCGCAGGCUGAGAUGAUCCAGCAGGAUGUGAAACAGCUCCGGGCCAGAGUGAAUAAACUGCGUGAAGAACAUUCGAGGAUCUACCAACUCACCCGCUCAGAGGGUCUGCCCACUGUGGACUGGGGGCAGGUUAUCGACGAGAAGCAGAGGAACCUGAACAACAAGGGAUUCGGAAAUGACCUGCCCUCGGUCGAGGAUGAAGUUGAGGAGCACAACAUCUUCCACAGCGAAGUGGAAGCCCUUGGUCCACACAUAACCGAUGGCAACGACAAGGGGUAUAACAGCGUCCUGAUACCGAAGUAUAAAAAGCUGCUGGACACUUCUCUGCAGCGGCAGCAGGACCUCCUGAGUCUGAGGGACUACAUGCAACGCUGUACCAACGAACUCUACUGGCUGGACCAGCAGACUGAGGAGCGCAUCAACUAUGACUGGAGCGAUGCCAACCUAGACUACCCGUCACGCCAGAGGCAGUACGAGAACCUGAUCAGCAAGAGCCUGGAGUCUAAGGAAGCAUCUGUCUCCAAGCUGAAUGAAGAUGGAGAGAAACUCAUCGCCUCAAACCACCCUGGGAAGAACGUCAUCGAGGCCCAUAUGGAGGCGGUCAAUGCCGACUGGAAACAGUAUCUCAACCUGCUGAUCUGCGAGGAAACCCACCUGAAGAACAUGGACAACUACCACAAAUUCCAAAAAGAUGCCAGGGACACCCAGGACCUGCUGAAGAGAAUGGACACCGAUGUCAAUCAGAAAUACAGCCCGGAUUUCAAAGACAUGUACCAGUUGGAGGGUCUGAUCUCGGGUCUGGAUGAUCAGGCGAAAGCGAUGGACUACUAUGAUGACCGUGUGAAGGCCCUGCAGAAGAGGAGUCAGCAGGUUCUUCCUCUGAAGUUCCGCAGGGAGACCCCCCAGAAACUCCUCCCAGUGGAGGCUCUUUGUGAUUUCGAGUCUGAGGGGGGACAGAUUGCCCGCGGGGAGAAGUACACCCUUCUCCGGAAUAAUGGCAGCAAGUGGGAUAUCAAAGACCAAGGUGGCAAUAAGCUGUUUGGUCCGGCAGUGUGCUUCGUAAUUCCUCCAACCGAUCCGGAUGCCAUCGGCGUUUCUGACAAGCUUGCCAGUCAGCAGGCGGCCGUUAAGCAGAACAUUGUGUCCAGCAAGGGUGCCCUCCAGAGGCGGCUUGCUGACGUCAGGAAGGAUAGCUCAGCUGGCACUGAUAAACAGGAACAACAGUGUCGCCAGCUGAUGGCCAAUCUGGAUAAAGUAGUUAAUGAUCUGGACAAACAGGAGAAGGCCCUUUACUCUCGUGUCCGCCCCCCACUGGAGCAAAACCGGCCAUUACAGGACAGUGCAGAUCGACUACAAGAUCUGAAGGACAUUAAGGCUGCCGUUCGAAACAUUGAGCCUGAGAAAUCCUCUAAAGUCCGUGAGGCUGAGGUGUUCCUAUCCUCCAACCCCAAAUGCAACAGUGCUCCACAGCUCUACACCAAAAUUGACGAGGCGAAGAACAAGAACGACAAGGUCAACGUGUUGCUCAGGCUCUCAGAGGAUAGACUUCAGAAAUCCAACCUUCUGGAGAACUCUCUGCAGAAUGGAAAGACCCUCCUGGCCAAUUAUGAGAACAAACUGGCCAGGGAGGAAGUGGCCCCAUCGGAUCCCAGCUCCCUGGAAAGGACCCAGCAAGAUCUCUUUGCUAUGUCUUCCGACCUGAAGGCGAAGAAAGCCACGAUCUCCGAGGCAGAGCAGAACCUGAGGGCGGCCAAGGCCAGCUGUGUGGACAUGGCCAGCAAAGUGCAGGAGCAUUCUCCGGAUAUCGAGAGGCAGGAGAGCGAGGUCAACAAGCUCAGCAAGCGUUACGACAACCUGAGCCAACAGAUCGAUGCCAGGUCUCAGAACCUGCAGAGAGCCAAGACUUCUUAUGGAAAUUACCGCACGGAAUACGAUAACCUAAACAGCUGGCUCUCGCGGGUGCCAAACUAUGAGCCGAGGGAGACUGACGACGUCAAGCAAGUGGAGGCAAAACUGAAAAACCAAAGAAACCUGCUGUCUGAUAUCGCGAGGAAAGAAUCUGACCUAAACAACAUCUCAAGAAAUGCACAGCAGUACCAGCAAGCCAUUAAGGACUAUGAAACCGAAACUGAGAAAUUUAAGUCUAUUCUUGACCUUGAAGAUGGCUUAGUCCCACAGACAUAUAAGAGGAGCAGACUCGAGUCACCUGCCUUGAAAGUAAAGCACGAGGAAUCUGCUAUUGAAGCAAAAUUCGCUGAGGUAAAUGCUGUGAACAAGCAAAGACUCCAGAACCUUGAAUAUGCGCAAGGUAUCAUGAACCAGCAACCAGAAAUGUGCAUAGUUCAGCAGAAUGUCCAGAGUGUGAGAUCAGUCCCAGGAGAGGAACCUUGGAGGAUCAAGAAACAGCUGGAAGAGGAGAUUCACAGACGGGAGCAACUUGAAAAGGAGAUCCAGGCCAUGCAAACGGACAUUUAUGUGCUGGAGGGCCAAAAGCCCCAAGACACAAUUGUCAAGACGGAAGUGAUUAAAAAGGUCCCUGAUCCACAGUUGAACGAAGAAGUGCAUAAAGUCCAGCAGAAACUGUAUGAUGAGCAAAGGACAACCAGGACCCUGGAGAGUGAGCUAGACGCUCUUCGACUGAAGCUGCGUGGGGUAGAGAGAGAGAAAAGCGAAGACGCACAACAGUAUGUCGUAAAAGAGGUUCUCCGCAUUGAGAAGGACAAGGCACAGGAAGAGGAGGUCCGAAAGCUGAGGGAUGAACUAGAUGACGUCAGGAGGCAAAAGAUAGUCAGAGAAAGUGAGAUAACACACAUUCAGAAAGAAGUCACUCUGCUGGCACAGCAGAAAUCCAAAGAGCAGGAGGUGAUCAAGGAGGAGGAAAUAAUCAAGGUGCAAAAUGACCCGCAGCUUGAGGCGGAGUAUCGGCUGCUUCUAGAGAGGAAGCAAAAGGAAACUGAGAGUCGAAAGCACCUGGAGGAUGAACUGCGCUUCCUGCAAGAGAAGCUGAAGCGGCUGGAGAAGGAGAAGUCCAUGGCUGAGGAAAAGAUCUCCAUCAAAGAAGUUCUGAAGGUCGAAAAGGACAUCACAUUUGAACGGGAGGUUGAAAAUCUAAGACGCCAGUAUGAAGAUGAAAAGGCGAAAAACAGGUCCUCGCAGAGAGAGAGAGCAGAUUUUCAGAGGAAGAUCACAAGCCUGGAGGAAGAGAAGUCGAAGGUGAUUGUACAGGAGAAAAUGCGGGAGAUUGUCCGGCCUGAUCCGAAGGCUGAGAACGAGGUGGCUAAUCUGCGUCUUGAACUGAUCGAACAACAGAGACGCUACAAGGAUGCAGAACUGCAGCUGAAGCGCCUUCAGGAUGAACUAGCUAUGCUGCAAAACAGAGGGCCACAAAUAGAGUAUCAGGAAAUGAUUAAAGAGGUCAUUAAAUACAAGACAGACCCAGAAACUGAGAGGGAGCUGGAAAGACUCAGGAAUUCCAUUGUAGAUAAAACCCACCAAAUUGAAAAGAGUGAAUUAGAAAUCCGACAGCUGAAAGAUGAGAUUCAGAUGUGGAAGGACACUAAGCCCAAGGUGCAAGUGAAGGAGGUCAUGAAUGAGGUCCUUCAGUAUCGUGAGGAUCCCAAAACCAAAGAGGAGGUGGAGACCCUCAAGAAGAAACUUGCAGAGGAACAGAAAAAGCGUUUGGAAUUGGAGAGUGAGCGGGCCAGCAAUGAAGAAAAGAUCCGACUUAAAAAGAUAGACCUUUCCCAGGUCAGGGAAAAAUAUGUCCAGCAGGAAGUUGUGAAAGUGGAGGAAGACCCACACCUGAAGGCUGAAUGUCAAUCAUUCAGUCAAAAUAUCCUGAAUGAACAGAAGCAGAAGAUCAACCUUAAGGAUGAGCUCACAAAACUCCAGUAUCAAAAGUCUGACCUAGAAGCUCAGCUGGAGGAGCUGGAGCGUGAGCGAAGAGUUCGGAGGGAGGCGGAGCUUGAGAUCCAGAGGCUGAAGGUCCGUCUCAAUGAGCUGGAACUUAGAGACAAGGAGACGAGAGAGAAGGUAACAGUGAAGCAGAAGGUGGUGCUUCAACAAGAUCCCCAACAGGAAAAGGAACAUUCCAUCCUCAACGUACAGCUAGAGGAGGAGAAACACAAACGUAUGCUGCUUGAGAAGGAGGUUGAGGUCUUGCAACAAAAACAGAUAACCUUGGAGAGAACCGAAGUCAAAGAACAAGUGGUCCGUACAGAAAAGGUCCAGGUCGAGAGAGAUCCUGAGGCUGAAUUAGAGAUCGAGAGGCUCCGCAGGACUCUAGACGAUGAAACAAAGAGGCGACGCGAGUUGGACCAGCAGCUCAUUGAUAUUAGAACCAAAUUAUCUGACAUGGAGUUCACUAACACCAAAUCCUCCAAGGAACUAGAAUACAUACGGGAUGAAAGUGCCAGGCUGCAGCAGGAGAACCAGCGACUGCAGAAUGAAAUCCGAAGGCUGCAUUCAGAAAUCCAGAUCACAGUCAAGGAGACUAAGCAAAUCACAGAGUUUGCUCCAUUAGAGAGUGGGAGGAACCUUGAGCUGAGGAUAUCCUCACUUCAGAAGGAGCUAGCAGACCUGAAGAGCAUCACCAAUGAAAAAGACAGAGAAAUUGAAAAUCUCCAGAAAAAUCUUUCUUCUAUGGCAGUCAAGAGAGAACAGAGGGAAAGCCACCUUAGACGCUCUAUAGUCAUCAUCGACCCAGACACAGGCAAAGAAAUGAAGCCAGAAGAAGCCUAUCGUGCUGGCCUCAUUGAGUGGAAGAUGUUUGUGAACCUUCAGAGCCAGGAGUGUGAUUGGGAGGAGAUUUCCGUCAAGGGUCCAAAGGGUGAGUCCAUGGUGCUGCACGACAGAAAGUCGGGGAAGAAGUUCUCCAUUGACGACGCCCUGAAGUCUGGCAACAUCACUAGCAAACAGCUACAGCAGUACCAAAACAAAGAAAUCACCAUCCAAGAGUUUGGCUUAAUGCUUGCAGGCAAAAACAAGUAAACAACACAGGAAAGAACAUUCUGUACCUUUAAGAGUGUCUCAACACAUGGAUUAUACCAUUUUAUUGCAAGAGCUGACAGUGGGAAAAAAAUCAUAAAUACAUAAAAGGGUGUCUUUUCUUAUGUCUUGUUAUUCUAUGGGGCAUAACUCUUCUGGGUUAAAUUAAGGACAUAAAUUAUGAAUAUACAAAAUACAGUUAAGGCCUGUUAAUGUGAUAAUUGAGAUAUAUUCUCAAAACUAAACAUAAUGGACUGGGCAGUUUUUUUUUUUUGCUUUGCUAACAAAUGAAGCCGAUAUUGGUUCUUAAUUGUUUCUUCUGUGUCUUUUAUUGGGAAACUCUGCACAACCAGUCUCUGAUACCUGUACUAUAUUGAUGUAUUAACUUCCUGGAUGAAUAUUAAUUAUAUGCAUGGCACGAUUUAUAAACCUCAUGGAUUAACAGAUAUAUCAUUAUGAAGUAUAUUUUGCAUAUGAGAAUAAUAAACUAGUCAUUUUGGGGAAAAA